GUAUUGUUGUUGUUGGUAGUGGUGUCAUUCUCUUUUCUCUCUCUCUCCACUCUAUCUAACACACAACACAAGCUUCAUUUCAUUUGCUUCUUCAACGCUCCACAACACGUAAGCAACAAAAUAUAUAAAACUAGUCACUUAAUGAUUCUCACGUCCCACACUUUUCUUCAAUCCAACUCUUACUAUUUCUCAUUUCUUAAAACUAAAUCAUCAUUCUCAACACUUUCUUAAUUCAGAAAAUUCAAAUCUAAACAUUCCUUUCUUCUUUUUUUAGUUUAUAUUACAAGUAAAAGCCUUUUUCAUUGCCAGCCAUGACCCAAGUUCUCCACUCUCCACCUCAUUUUGCUUCAUCACAAAGAACAACAACAACUUCAACCUCUUCUUCUCCUCUUUCUUCAUUCUCUUGCCAUGCCAUUUUUCAACCUCCCUCACACCCACAUUUUCCACUUUUUGAACUUCUAGUUACUCUUUUCAGAAAAUCAUUAUUUCCUUUCAAGAAUACUGUCACCAAGGACCUCUCCAUUAUGGAUAUAAGCCCUCCGACCAACGUGCGCCAUGUUGCGCAUGUUACUUUCGAUAGGUUCAACGGUUUCUUGGGCUUGCCUGAUGAGUUUGAACCUGAUUUCCCCAGAAGACCUCCUAGUGCUAGUGCAACUGUUUUUGGAGUUUCGACGGAAUCAAUGCAGUUAUCUUAUGAUUCAAGAGGGAAUAGUGUGCCAACAAUUCUUCUGUUAAUGCAAAGGCAUCUGUAUGUCCAAGGAGGAUUGCAGGUGGAAGGGAUUUUCAGAAUUAAUGCAGACAAUAGUCAAGAGGAACAUGUUAGGGAUCAAUUGAACUUGGGAUUGGUUCCGGAAGACGUUGAUGUACAUUGUUUGGCAGGACUAAUUAAGGCUUGGUUUCGGGAACUUCCAACCGGAGUUCUAGAUCCGUUAUCACAAGAGCAGGUAAUGCAAUGCCAAACUGAGGAAGAGUGUAUUGAACUAGUCAAGCAUCUACCUCAUACUGAAUCUGUGCUCUUGGAUUGGGCCAUCAAUCUAAUGGUCGAUGUCGUCCAACAUGAAAAUCUCAAUAAGAUGAACGCGCGCAACAUUGCCAUGGUUUUCGCACCAAACAUGACUCAGAUGGCAGAUCCAUUCACUGCAUUGAUGUUUGCAGUUCAAGUGAUGAACUUUUUAAAGACACUUAUAUUGAGGACACUACGCGAAAGAAAUGAUUCGGUGGUGGAAUCGAAUCCUCGAUUAAAUUUAGAACCAUCUGAUGAGAACGAACACCGUGGACUUUUCGAGUCGUGUCAGAAAGAAGAUACUGCAGCAGUAGACAAUGAAGCGGCUAAGGAAAAUUUUGUCUCAGAAAAAUCUGUCUUAGAAUGCUCACCUGAAUCAUCAUCGCUCGAAAAAAACUCCUCGACUGGAGGAGAAUCUGGUAGAAUGAUAAGCACUUCUGAGAAUCCGGUUUGCAAUGAGGAUUUGUAUUGCGAGUUUCCGCCGAAAAGAAACAUGGGAAAGAACAACAAGUCUGGUCAAUCAGGUAGUUCAAAUGCUAGAAAAGGGUCUAAAAAGACAAGAGGACAGCAACCUGUGAACAACGGAAAAGUAUCGGUCGAGAAAAAGGGAACGAAGACUUUGAGCAAUACAGAUACAAGAUCUGACCGAGUCGAAGCUUGGCGGUGAAAGAAGUAUUGAGUUGUAAAUUGAUUAUUUCACAUUAUGCCAUUGUAAGUUUGUUUUAAUAAGUCUAAGGUUGCAAAAUAUUUAAGGAAGUUUGUGAAGUGAUUCAUUCCAGUGUGGUUUCUAUAUUUCCUGUGUUUGUUUAACUUAUCUAGUUUUCAUUUUAUCAAAACAAUAACACUAUUAUGAUCA